AUGGAAGCCUUGUACUUUAAUGUCGAUGAUGGUUAUACGGAAGGUAUUGUGAGAGGUUAUAAAAGUGGCAUUCUCAAUUCUACACACUACUUGAAUUUGACUCAAUGCGAAACUUUAGAUGAUUUAAAACUUCAAUUAAGUGCCACCGAUUACAGCAAUUUUUUGGCAAAUGAGCCAUCGCCCAUAGCAACUUCAACAAUUCAUGAAAAAGCAACACAAAAAUUAAUUGAUGAAUUUAAGUAUGUACGUGCCAAUGCGUCAGAGAAAUUGUCUAAAUUUUUGGAUUACUUGACGUAUGCUUAUAUGAUUGAUAAUGUGAUACUUCUUAUAACAGGAACUUUGCAUGAAAGAGACACCAAUGAGUUAUUAGAAAGGUGUCAUCCACUUGGUAUAUUUGAUUCAAUGCCCGCGUUAUGUGUUGCCACAAAUACUGAUGAAUUGUAUAAUACUGUGUUGAUUGAAACACCACUUGCACCUUAUUUUGAAAAUUGUAUUUCUGCUGACGAUCUUGAUGAAUUGAAUAUUGAAAUUAUUCGUAAUGCACUUUACAAGGCAUACCUUGAAGAUUUUUAUAGAUAUUGUAAGGAAGAACUUGGUGGUGUUACUGGACAAAUAAUGAAUAGACGUGCAAUUAACAUUACCAUAAAUUCUUUUGGAACAGAAUUGUCAAAAGAUGAUCGGGUUAAAUUGCUCCCAAGUUUUGGAAAAUUAUACCCUGCUGGUCAUGAAAGGCUUAGAAAAGCUGAUGAUGUUGAACAAGUUAGAAGUGCUGUAGAAGCUUGGACUGAAUAUCGCUCAUUUUUUGACAUGACUUUGACUUCAUUUGGUGGUGAGGCUACAAGUGAAGCCAAGACCUUGGAUGAUCAAUUUUUUGAAUAUGAAGUUCAUCUUAACAAACUUACAUUUCAACAGCAAUUUCAUUAUGCUAUUUUUUAUGCAUUUUUAAAAUUAAAAGAACAAGAGAUUAGGAAUAUUGUGUGGAUUGCUGAAUGUAUUAAAGAACAGUUAGAAAUGCCACCACAAAUACCAGAAUCAACAUCAGUGGCUCAAAACAAAUAG